CGUCCUUUCAAAUUCUUUUGGGACCCCACCUAAUUUCUAUGGUGAACAUGUUUUCUCCUCUGGAGUAUCCAGUACCAUACCUCUCUCGCCGUUCCCAUGGCGACCUCUGUGGCCAUAUCCCACAAUUUAUCUCUUUCUGUCAUCAACCCUCGUCAUCCAAAAUAUCCCGUUAAGUCAUCAAUAGUUGCUCUCAAGGGCGUUCGAAGCUUACAGAAGCAUUCCAUUUUGCAAAGCCCAGUUAUACCCAUCGGAGGUUCUGGAUUCAAUUCCAAGUUUUUGUAUACGGGGCCUCAAGAGAAUUGCAGAAGUCGCGAGCUUUUGACGAAAUCAGCUGAAACUGACAGUGGAAAAACUUCCUCAAUUGGCCAAAAUGUGUUUGGGCUACUGCAUUUGAUUGUCUCGUUGGGGCUUGUUCUUGCGAUGGACAAAUAUCUUAAGAAAGCCUUUGUGGCUGCUGCGAUUAAAUUCCCCAGUGCACUGUUUGGGAUGUUUUGUAUAUUCUCCGUUUUGAUUAUUCUUGAUUCCACUGUGCCAUCUGCAGCCACAGCCUUGAUGAACUUCUUCGAACCGGCGCUUUUGUUCAUUCAGAGAUGGCUCCCUUUGUUCUAUGUUCCAUCUCUGGUUAUCUUGCCCCUUUCUGUUAAAGAUAUUCCAGCUGCUUCGGGCAUCAAGAUUAGCCUUAUUGUAGUUGGAGGUUGGCUAGCUACACUUUUGGUUGCUGGUUUCACAGCUAUAGCAGUGAGAAAAGCUGUGAAGACAGAAAUGAUAGACGCUGAGCCUAUGAAGAAACCCUCUCCAUUUUCUCCCCUUGAAGUGUGGGCUUGGACCGGGGUUCUCCUUGUAUCAUUUGUUGGUGCAUUGUUUUAUCCCACUGUACUGGGGACAAAUGCCAGAACUUGCCUUCCUUUCUUACUUGCAUCCACAGUGUUAGGUUACAUGGUUGGUUCUGGGUUGCCAUCAAAUCUGAAGAGCGUAUUACAUCCAAUUAUUUGCUGUGCGCUUUCGGCUGAUCUGACUGCAUUGGCUUUUGGAUAUGUUUCGAAGUUAGGAUUUGAGCCUGUUCUAGGAUAUUACCUGACAAAGGCAUCCUCUAACCCUGGAGCUGGUGACAUUUUAAUGGGAUUUUUGGGAUCUGUCAUUCUUUCUUUUGCCUUCUCUAUGUUCAAACAAAGAAAGCUUGUAAAGAGGCAUGCAGCUGAGAUUUUCACCUCUGUCAUAGUCUCAACAGUAUUCUCAUUGUACUCAACUGCUCUGGUUGGACGUCUAGUAGGAUUAGAACAGUCUUUAACCGUUUCCAUUCUUCCCAGAUGUAUAACUGUUGCAUUGGCCCUCAGCAUUGUGUCUUUAUUUGAAGGUACCAAUUCAUCUCUCACUGCAGCUGUGGUUGUAGUAACUGGUCUGGUUGGAGCAAAUUUUGUGCAAGCAACACUUGAUAAAUUCCGUUUUCGCGAUCCAAUCGCUCGAGGAAUUGCAACUGCAUCUAGUGCUCACGGACUUGGAACAGCAGCACUGUCUGCGAAGGAACCUGAAGCUCUGCCAUUUUGUGCCAUUGCUUAUGGUCUGAAUGGUAUCUUUGGAUCUAUUCUUUGCUCCAUUCCUGCUGUUAGACAAAGCUUGCUUGCUGUUGUUGGCUGAAUCCGAGGGCUCAGUCACCUGGGGACAUUCUCAGAUAUCACUGCCCUAAUCUGUAGAGCCAUCCUAUUUUAAGAACCUCUAGUAUCACGCUCUCUUAAAACAUUGCAUUCAUUUGUGUAAUAUACUGUGCGAACAGUUUCUUAUUUUCAUGCUAUUUUUCCCCUCAUAUUGAUCUUAGACCAGGUUUACAUUGAAAAUGAUGAUGAUGAUAAAUAAACAAAGCUAAUGAAAGAACUUGUUAACUUUCCAUUGAGAAAUAUAUUAACAUACUACUUAUCAUCC